AUGACUGCUGUGGUCAUCAAUGUCUUUCGGAUUCUUCUACAGGUCCUCCAGUGUGUCUCAAGAUACCGAUAUGACAAAUUGGUGCUAAAGAAGGAAGGACCACAGGAACGCUCCUGGACCUUGACCCCACAAUAUAUAUACACUGGAAAGUACCAGGCCCUGUUCUCUGUGGGCCCUGUGUUCACCAGCCAGAGGUGGAGGCUCAGGUGCUUUGGCUAUUACAUGAGGAACCCACAUAUGUGGUCAAAACCCAGUGAACCCCUGGAGCUGGUGUUCUCAGGGACAUUCCAAAAACCCAUCAUCUGGGCUGAGUCAGGUUCUGUGGUCCCCUCAGAGAAUCCUGUGACUAUUUGGUGUCAGGGGACCCUGGAUGCCCAAAAAUAUAUUCUGCAUAAAGAGGGAGACCCAGCACCCUGGGAAAUACAGACCCCACUGGAACCAAGGAACAAGGCCAAGUUCUCCAUUCAGUCCACGACAGAGCAACAUGCAGGGCGAUAUUUUUGUUACUAUGACAGCCCUGCUGGCUGGUCUCAGUGCAGUGACACCAUGGAGCUGGUGGUGACAGACAUCUACAACAGUAAACCCAUCCUGUCAGCCCUGCCCAGCCCUGUGGUGACGUCAGGAAUGAAUGUGACCCUACAGUGUGUUUCACAACAUGGAUACGACAGUUUCAUUCUGACCAACAAAGGAGAACAGAA